AUGUCGGGAAGACAAUUACUUGAUGGAGUUUUGGUGGCUAAUGAGUUAGUGCAUUUCAAGACUAAGGAGAAGAAGGAAUGUUUUCUUUUUAAGGUGGAUUUUGAGAAAGCCUACGACAAAGUCAGUUGGAGUUUCCUUAGAUUCAUGUUACUCAAUAUGGGGUUCGGUGAUUUAUGGUUGAGUUGGAUGGAAGCAACCGUUUUUUCGAGUAAAAUAUCGAUUUUAGUCAACAGUGGCCCUACUAAAGAGCUUUUGGUCGAGAGGGGGUUGAGACUAGGAGAUCCGUUAUCUCCUUUUCUAUUUUUGAUUGUGGUGGAAGCUUUGCCGGUUCUAGUCAAGAGAUCUUUGGAUCUUGGAGAAUUUGCGGGGUUUAACAUCAACGAUGUUUGCAAUAUUGAUAUCCUUCAAUUCGAUGAUGAUACUCUUAUGGUUUGGGAUGGGAAUAGGAAAUCGAAGAAAGAAUCAUUGUGGUGGAGAGAUCUCUUAAAGUUAAAUUCCGACAAUGCCGACUCGAAUGCAGCAGGUAUUUCAAAGCUAUUUCACUGGAAACUUGGUAAGGGAGACCGCAUUCCUUUUUGGUUUGGAAGGUGGUUAGGAGCAGAGCCACUCUGUGCUGCCUUCCCCAACAUUUUCGAUGCUGUGGAGAAUCCAAAAGCAGCUGUGGAGGAACUUGGAAACUGGACUGAUUCGGUGUGGCAUUGGGACAUCCAUACGGCGCUGAUUCUGAAUCACGGAGUUGAACAUUCUGAAAUUGCAGACUUGGAAGCUCUUCUCGCGGGCAUUUCUUUGAAUUCAGCCACAUUAGACAAACCAUGCUGGCCUUGGGAUAGCUGUGGUUAUUUUUCCGUCAAAUCCUGUUAUGCGAAACUCUUGCAGGGGCAGGAUGCUUCCCCCAUAGAUCCUUCUUACAAAAGUUGUCUUAAUGUUGUUUGGGACUCGCUCAUUCCGCAAAAGGUGAAAUUGUUUGGCUGGAGGUUGUUGCGAAACAGACUCGCAACUCGGGAUCAACUGAUUCGGCGAGGUAUUUUGGAGGGAGACGACAACUGCAGGUGUCCUUUGUGCAAUUCUGCAGCUGAAAGCAGUGAGCACUUGUUCUUGAGAUGCAAUUGGUCUGUUCGUAUCUGGGCGGACAUUUGGGGUUGGCUUGGCAUUCUGCCGCUGCGGAACAACGCUAGCACAAACUGUAGGUCUCAUUUUCUCUCUACUUUUCAUGCUUUAAACAACAAGGUUGGCAAGGGUAGGGAAGUUUCGGUUUGGCUGGCUACGUGUUGGUGCUUAUGGAAUGCUAGAAACGGUAUUAUCUUCAACAAUGAAACUCUGGACAUCGAUGAAAUACUGUUCAAAAUUAAGAUGCUAACUUGGUGGUGGUUGCAAAUAGGCCUGAAUCGCUUAAAUUGCAAUUUUUAUGAAUGGUUUAAAAACCCUUUGAAUUUCUUGUAA